AUGAUCAAGUUGACUAUUACUAAUAAAGGAGGAGGAGGAAUGACGAAAAAGGCGGGAAUGCUCGUGCUUUUUAUGAUGACCAUGAUGUGUGGCGCGGCGGCGCUCGCAGUGGAUGGUGGAACCGCGGCGGCGACGAUGACGAAAGGAAGUGUUCUGGAGGAGGAUGAGGUGAAAAAGACGGAGGAGGGCAUGGCGGAUGAUCCUCUCCAUCAAGUUUUGGGUGAGAUGGAAGAACAGGUGACCAUGAGGACCUUGUGGUUUUACCGUUUCUUUGGCAAGACACUCAACAAACGCAAGGCGAAUGCGGACCCCAAGAAGGGAGAUGGACGCUACUGUGACUACGACGAUCCUACCAAGAUCAAGUACUGUCCUCCAGCGGUUCCACCUCUCCACUUGAAGCAUCGCGUUACGGGCGGAAACAACGGCAACAACGGCAACAACAACAACAAGGCAGCCUUGGACAUGCUCAGUCACGAGCUCAUCUCCAAGUGUCUCGACAACCCCGAAGAUCCCGAUUGUCUCCGUUUGAUGGAAGAAGACAAAGGCGGCGAUGACAGUGGUGCUGCGACUCGUGCGAAUCCCAAUUUUCAGAAACGUCGUGGAAAUUUUGGAUUCAAUAAUGUCGCGGAGACCGUCAAUACUUUGGCCAAUGGUGGAGGAGAGAAGACGAAUGCGGAGACUGAAGAAGAAGGUGUAGCUGCUGGUGAAGCUCUCGAAGCAGGCGCGGUUCAGGAGCAAGGCGGAUUUGGACGUGUCGACGGAAACACUCGUUUCGGAUUUGGAUUCCCCAAUGCCAAUAAUCAGAAUGAUGUCGAUCAGCACGCGGCCAGUGGUCAAGCCGAUGAACAACGUCCUCGAGUCCAAUUGGACGGAGAAGAAGAUGGACAAGUCGGUCAUGCUGCCACGGGAAAAGUCGAAGAAGAUGUUCGUCGUGGAAGUGGCUUUGGUUUGGAUCAACUUGGUAAUAAUGAAGGCGAAGGCGAAGGUGAAAAUUACCAGGGCGGUGGUCGUGGACAAGUCGAUGCUCGGGAAGGCAGGGGCAGUGCUGCGCGCGGCAGUACGCCCUUGGUGCCUCUCGAAGCAUCCGCCACUGGCUCGGCCCAGCGUCAGUCGAACAACAACGAUGGAACUCUCGAAACAUCCGCUUCCGGAUCGGCGCAGCGUGGAAGUGCCAGUAAUAACGAGGGAUUGGCGGCUCGACCCGGAUUCGAUGCCAAUGGUCAAGCGUCUCGUGCGUCUGGAUUCGAUGCCGGUGGUGACGUCGCUCGUGAAAGUGGAAACUCGGCUCGUGGUUCUGCGUCUCGUCCCGAAGGUGCUCUUGGAAAUGCUGGUCGUGAUAACAAUAAUAUUGCACUGGGUGUUGCGGGUCGUGAUCAAGUCGAUGCGGAAGGAAACGUCGUCCGUGGUGCCGAUGGAAGUGUCGCCAGAGAAUCCAAUGGUGGAGAAGACCAAGCUGGAAACCUAGCUAGUGUCGCUCGUGGAAACAACCAAGCUGGUGUUGCCAGAGGACCCAAUGUUGAAGGAUCUGACGGUCAAGCCGUUCGUGGAAGCCAAGAUGGUGUCGAUCGUGAAGACAAUCCCCAGAUCUCUGCCAGUGGUGCGGCUUCCAGAGGCCAAGAUGGUUCGCAGGGUGGGGUGCCACAACAAGGCAGUGCUACCGAGAACUCGGCCAUUGGUCAAGCUAACAGAGGCAAUUCCGAUGGAUCCGUCGUGAGAGACCCUCAAGGUGCUGGCGGUGCUGCUGCGCGUGGCGACGGAACUGCAAGCAAUUCGGCUGGAACUGUUGGCAGAGGCCCUGAAGGUGAUGGCGGUGCUGCUGGGCGUGUCGAUGGUAGUUCUACCUCUGGCGCUGGCGCUCGUGUGCAGAGGAUUCCUGGUGCAGGUGCAGAUGCAGGUGAUGGUGUCGCCAGAGGUUCUGGAGCAGGUGUUGACCCUGCUGCUGGAUCUGGCGCUCGUGUUGACAGGCUUCCUGGUGCUGGUGCAGGUGCAGGUGAUGGCGUCGCCAGAGGUUCUGGAGCAGGUGUUGACCCUGCUGCUGGAGCUGGUGGUGCCGUUGGUAGCAAUGCUGGAGGAUUGAAUACAAACGCAUGGGGUGGUGUCGGAAGGCCAAACUAUGGUGGAGGAGCGGCGGUUGAUAAUGCGAACAGUGGUUCAGCCGGAUUUGUCUUGGGGCGCGGUUCUCGGACCACCAAUUACGUCUAUGACAUGCCUACUGGAACAGGAGAUGCUUUGGCCACUCAGGAACCUACCAGGGAUGACUGUUAUGGUAAUAUGCUUGACGGUCGUUUCUGUACAUCUGAACAGCCUACCAUCUCCGAAGAACCUACCUAUGUUGGACAAGCUGAUGAGGAUAUCCCGGCAGGAGAAACUGGAUUCUUCAAUUUCACCGAUGGCCAGACUGGACAGCACAAUGCUUUUGGUGAUGUUGAUAGGGAUCCCAAGUGUCUUAUCGACAUGCACAAUGUCGACGACAGCCCCUAUCCGAAAAAGAUGCCCCUCGAAGUAAUUUCUUCAAACAAUCUCACCGUGACCUUCACUGUUAGCCAAACCUGGUUCAUGGGAAAGGCUGACAAGGACAAGUUCAAGGUGCAGACAUUGGAGACUGUUUUCAUUCUUCCUCCUGAUGGAGAAGAACGUAUCUGCGCCAAAGAAGAAGAUGUGCCCACUGGACCUGUUGAUACUUACACUGCUAUGUGUGAUGCCAACGCUGGAGUGGCCUAUGUUUUGAUCUUGGCUCGUGACGAAGUCUUUGCAAAUUACAGUGUUCCCAGUCCUACCGAGUGUGGCGAUGUUGACGAUCAGGCGGAUCAUCAUGUCGGAUACUCCUUCACGGUCCCCUGUACCUGUGACACGGAAAUGAUCUACAAUAACUUUGGAAGGAUUGAUAAAUGGAAAAUUGAGUAUGGACAGGGUGCUGAAGUCCAGCGUGGGCAGCCAAACCGUGGCCAAAAUGCUUUUGGUACUGUGCAGAGAGACAAUGAUGGUGGAAGUGACCAUGUCUCCGGACAGGUUGAGGUUACACGCCCUGUUGGUCCUAAGGAGCAAAUUAUUCAUGGAAAAGCCCAGGUCAACCGCCCCCCUACCGGACCUCCUGAAAUCAAGGCUCAAGGAAUUGCCAACAGGCCUGACGGCACUCCCGACUUUGGUGGAAAGGGACAAGUCAAUCGAACCUCUGGUGAAGAGCUGUCUGGUCAAGGCAGGGUUAAUCGAGGUCCCAAGGGAGAAGUGUUUGGACAGGGAAAUGUCGCUCGUACUCCCUCAUCUACCCCUCUGCAGUCGGAAGCUAACAUCACUCGUCCCUUUGGUGGACAGGAAGAAGCCGGUAUCGGAAAGGUCAAUCGUCCCUUUGGUGGACAGGAAGAAGCCGGUAUCGGAAAGGUCAAUCGUCCCAUUGGAUCAGAUCAGGUUGGUAAAGGAAUGGUCAAUCGCACAGGUGGAGCUGGCGACGAAAAUGGCCAAGGCCAAGUGAGUCGUGAUAUUGAUGUCUUCGAUGGAGAGGAACAGGAAGGUACUGGCCAAGUCUCUCGUGGCAAGCCGCUUUCCCAAACCGGAGGAGGUCGCAUCAACCGGCCUCCCGCCCAGCAAGGACAAACUGGAGAAGGCUACAUCAACCGUCUUCCUGGCCAGGAAGGCCAACAAGGAGAUGGAAGCAUUAACCGUCCUCCUGGCCAGGAAGGCCAAAAAGGAGAAGGUUACAUCAACCGUCCUGGCCAGGGAGGCCAAAAAGGAGAAGGUUACAUCAACCGUCCUGGCCAGGGAGGCCAAAAAGGAGAAGGUUACAUCAACCGUCCUGGCCAGGAAGGCCAAAAAGGAGAAGGUUACAUCAACCGUCCUGUACCAGAAGAUCAGUUUGGAAUUGGAAACAUGACUCGUCCUGAAGAUGACUAUGGCUUGGGCAACAACACUCGUCCUGAGGAUGACUAUGGCUUGGGCAACAACACUCGUCCAGAGGAUCAGAUUGGAAGAGGUGAUGUUGGUCGUCCUGGAGGUCCCGCCCCCGGUGAGUCUGGUGAUGGUCGUCUCGUACGUACUGCAGCCCCCACCAGUGGAGACCAGUUCGGUCAAGGGGGCAUCAAGCGCCCAAGUGGUCCCACGCCUGGAGACCAGUUCGGUCAAGGGGGCAUCAAGCGCCCAAGUGGUCCCACGCCUGGAGACCAGUUUGGUCAAGGUGGCAUUGAUCGUCCCACUCGUGGUCCAACCCCCAGAGACCAGUUUGGCCAAGGUGGCAUUGGUCGUCCCAGUGCCAAUAUGACUCUCCCCCCUGCUGCCCAAGGACAAGGGGAUAGUGGCGAAAUUCAGCGUAUUCCUGUGCCAGAACCGAGUCAACCAGGUGAAGAGAACCUUCUGGGAACCAGUACUCCCACGUAUGAAUCAACUCAGGUUGGAGAUGUAACUCCUCGUCCCUCAGGUGAAGGCUCUCCCCCCAAUUCCUCUCCUGUGUCCCCCAGUGCUACCCUCGGAGGCACUCCUGGCCCCACACCCACCACUGAAGCAACUGUUCCUCCCACCUAUGAAUCAACUCAGUUUGGAGAUGUAACUCCGCGUCCGACUCCUGUCGGAGGACAACCCAAUGCGUCUCCUGUUGCCCCCAGUGCUCAGAACAUUGGAGGAACUCCUGGACCCACCCCUACCUCUGAAGGAACUAGUACUCCCACCUAUGAAUCAACUCAGUUUGGAGAUGUUACUCCUCGUCCCUCAGGUGUAGGCUCUCCCCCCAAUGCCUCUCCUGUGUCCCCCAGUGCUACCCUCGGAGGCACUCCUGGCCCCACACCCACCACCGAAGCAACUGUUCCUCCCACCUAUGAAUCAACUCAGUUUGGAGAUGUAACUCCUCGUCCGACUCCUGUCGGAGGACAACCCAAUGCGUCUCCUGUUGCCCCCAGUGCUCAGAACAUUGGAGGAACUCCUGGACCCACCCCUACCUCUGAAGGAACUAGUACUCCCACCUAUGAAUCAACUCAGUUUGGAGAUGUUACUCCUCGUCCCUCAGGUACCCUUGGAGGAACUCCUGGACCCACACCCACCUCAGGCGAAACUGUUUCCCCAAGUGCUGGCGAAACUGAAAUUGGUGACGUUACUCCUCCUCCCACGGUUGGAGGUGGACAACCCAAUGCCUCUCCUGUUGCUCCCACCGGACAGACCCUUGGAGGAACUCCUGGACCCACACCCACCUCAGGCGAAACUGUUUCCCCAAGUGCUGGCGAAACUGAAAUUGGUGACGUUACUCCUCCUCCCACGGUUGGAGGUGGACAACCCAAUGCAUCUCCUGUUGCUCCCACUGGACAGACCCUUGGAGUAACUCCUGGACCCACACCCACCUCUGGCGAAACUGUUUCCCCAAGUGCUGGCGAAACUGAAAUUGGCGAAACGAUCUCCCCAAGCGCGGGCGAAACUGAAAUUGGUGAUGUUACUCCUCCUCCCACCGUUGGAGGUGGACAACCCAAUGCCUCUCCUGUUGCUCCCACUGGACAGACCCUUGGAGGAACUCCUGGACCCACACCCACCUCAGGCGAAACUGUUUCCCCAAGUGCUGGCGAAACUGAAAUUGGUGACGUUACUCCUCCUCCCACGUUGGAGGUGGACAACCAAUGCUCUCCUGUUGCUCCCACUGGACAGACCCUUGGAGGAACUCCUGGACCCACACCCACCUCAGGCGAAACUGUGUCCCCAAGUGCGGGUGAAACCGAAAUUGGUGACGUUACUCCUCCUCCUACUGUUGGAGGUGGACAACCCAAUGCCUCUCCUGUUGCUCCCACUGGACAGACACUUGGAGGAACUCCUGGACCCACACCCACCUCAGGCGAAACGAUCUCCCCAAGCGCGGGCGAAACCGAAAUUGACCUUGGAGGAACUCCUGGACCCACACCCACCUCAGGCGAAACUGUGUCCCCAAGUGCGGGCGAAACCGAAAUUGGUGACGUUACUCCUCCUCCUACGGUUGGAGGUGGACAACCCAAUGCCUCUCCUGUUGCUCCCACUGGACAGACCCUUGGAGGAACUCCUGGACCCACACCCACCGCAGGCGAAACUGUGUCCCCCAGUGCUGGCGAAACUGAAAUUGGUGAUGUUACUCCUCCUCCUACUGUUGGAGGUGGACAACCCAAUGCCUCUCCUGUUGCUCCCACUGGACAGACCCUUGGAGGAACUCCUGGACCCACACCCACCUCAGGCGAAACGAUCUCCCCAAGCGCGGGCGAAACCGAAAUUGGUGAUGUUACUCCUCCUCCCACGGGUGGAGGUGGACAACCCAAUGCUUCUCCUGUUGCUCCCACUGGACAGACCCUUGGAGGAACUCCUGGACCCACACCCACCUCUGGCGAAACUGUUUCCCCAAGUGCCGGAGAAACCGAAAUUGGGUCAGUCACACCAGCUCCCACCGGUACCACUGGUGUGACACCUAAUGUUGUUCCAGUAGCAGCGCCUACUUCCCCAGAAGGAACUCCACCACCCACUUCUCCCACUGCACAGACUGUAACUCCCACUGAAGGAUUCCCAGCAACAGUUCCUGAAGGAACUCCUCCCCCCACUGGGCCCUCUGAGUCCACCGGUACACCUACUGAAGAGGCACCUGUUUCUUUUCCGCAAGGAACUCCAGCUCCAACCAAAGGAAAAAUUGGCUCUGAAACCCAAGCUCCAACUGGUGGUGGCAUUUUUCCGGAAGGCACUCCACCCCCUACUUCGCCCACUGACCAAACCAGUACACCCACUGAAGGGUCUCCUGUGGCUCUGCCACAAGGAACUCCAGCCCCAACCGCACCGACUGAACAGACCGGUACUCCCACUGAAGGAUCUCCCGUUGCGUUUCCACAAGGAACUCCUGCUCCAACAUCUCCAACAGGAAAGACUGGUGCUCCCUCUGAAGGCACCACUGCACCAACACAGUUUGGAACUCAGCAUAGCACUGGAAAUUUGCCUCCGCGCGGGCCAACCCCGGCUGGACCAACUGGCCCCUUCCCAGAAGGCACCCCAGCUCCUUCCCCCGGAAAGACUGUCCCACCCAAUGCCAGCCCCGUGGCCGGCCCUGGCCCCUUCCCGGAAGGCACCCCAGCUCCUUCGCCCGGAAAGACUGUCCCGCCCAAUGCCAGCCCUGUGGCCGGGCCUGGCCCCUUCCCGGAAGGCACCCCAGCCCCAUCUCCAGGAGAAACCAUCCCACCAAAUGCCAGUCCUGUUGCUGGCCCUGGCCCAUUCCCAGAGGGAACUCCUGUCCCCACAGGAGGAAAAACUUCACUGGCACCUUCAACAGUUGAGCCUACUGGCACUUUUGGAGAGGAGACGCCGGUUCCCUCUGGUGGUCCUCCAACCAAGGAGACUGGAUCUCCAACAUAUGUUGUCACAUCAAUUGGGACAACUUCACCCUCUGCAGUCAGGAUAUGUUACCCGGAAGUUGUGUUGGAGGAUGAGAACUUUGAGAGUUCUGGUGCCUCAGAAUCGUGGACAGAUGGCUCACUAUUUGAUAGUGAAAAUGUCACUCAAUUCCUUGGGUUAUUCGGUGAUGUGAACCCUGUCAUGUCUAAGACUUACGAAAUCCCUCUCCUCCCAUCGAGGGCCACUGAUGUGACCAUUGAAUUCACUAUGUACCAGCUUGAUGACUGGGCUUCAUCGGACAAGUUUUAUGCUGUUAUCAAUGACCAGGACAUCGAUCUUGGCAGCAUGGACUCAAGUACCAACAGCCAAUCCCAGUCUGGCAGCACAGACAAUGGCAUUGAGUGGACACGAGUGACUCCUGAGGAAGGAAUCAGCAUAAACGAUGGAUCUCAAAUGGACAAGAAACACACCAUCUCCUUAUCCAUUCCAUCAGAGCUGCUCGAUGAAAAUGCCCCCACCUACCUGACUCUAGGAUUCAAGGUAGAUGUGUCCAACCCAAUUUCAGAUGAAAGUGCCGGUGUGGAUGAUCUCAGGAUUACUGGAUUCUACACGUGUGAGCCUACUUCUAGUCCUACAGGAAGCCCUACUGGUUCCGUUGCAACAGGAAGCCCUAUUGGCGUGACCACUGGAACACCCACUGGCUCUCCUGUCGCUGGCAGCCCAACAGGUGCUCCUGUUACCAGUUCACCCACAGUGUCAACCACUGGGACACCAUCAUCUGUCAAAAUCUGUUACCCAGAGGUUGUCCUCGAGGAAGAAAACUUCCAGAGCUUUGAUUCCUCUGAAUCCUGGAAUGGUGGAAGUCUCUUUGACAGUGAGACUGCUACUCAAUUCCUUGGGCUUCUCGGAAAGGAAACUCCAGAAAUUUCCAACACCUAUGAUAUUCCACUCUCCUUUGGGCCUGAACAAGAUGGUGCCAAUGAAGUGGAAAUUGAGUUUACUCUGUACCAGCUUGAUUCCUCUGACUCAUCCACCAAGUUCUAUGCUGUCAUUAAUGAUGAGCCAAUUGACUUUGGAAAUCUGAAUCCCACUGGUGAUGGAGAGCCCCAGUCUGGAACCACCGACAGUGGCAUCCAGUGGACUCGAGUUACCCCUGAAGAGUCUCUCAGUGUUAAUGAUGGGCCCAUGGAUGACAAGAAGCACACUAUCACUCUGUCCAUCCCAUCUGACAUGAUUGGGGAUGACACUCCCACAUCUUUGACACUUGGAUUCCAGGUUGAUUCACCCAAUCCGAAUUCGGUGGAGAGCUAUGGUAUUGAUGACCUGAAGAUCACAGGUUACUACACUUGUGAGAAGACAGGAGUUCCCUCUGCUGUGCCCGUCACUGGCAGCCCAACUGCUACACCAGAGACAGGUUCACCGACAGGUGGUUUUGGCACUGUCACCGGUUCUCCCACCAGUACAACAACGCCACCACCGGUUACACCAUCACCAACUUCAUCGGAAACUGUUGUUAGCACAGGUGGUGGUAGCGAGUCAGCACAACCCUCAGUGGCUCCAGUAACUCCCGCACCAACUUCAUCGGAAACUGUGGUUAGUACGGGAGGUGGUAGCCAGUCAGCAGAACCCUCGGAGGCUCCAGCGACUCCUGCACCAAGCACAAUUGCUUCAUUGGUCCCUGGAACACCAGUUCCAACUGGAACUGAAGCCACCAGCAGCCCGACUGGAAUUACAGGAAACCCCACUACAGGCAGUGUCACUGGUGCACCCACAGAAACCUCAGUGACUGGCACUCCUACAGGAUCAACCGCUACUGGCACCCCUACUGAUAGUAUGGCAUCAUUCACUGGUCGUCCUACUGGAACAACAACAACUCCACCCGUUGCGUCACCUUCCAUGACAGGUUCGCCAACUGCCACUGAAGUCACAGGUGUACCCACUGAGAGUUCUGCAACUGGAAGCCCAUCAACAGGCAGCCCCACUUCCGGUUUUGGUACUGUCACUGGUUCUCCUACCAGUACUGCAAUCCCACCCCCUGGUUCGCCAUCACCAACAACAGGCGAAACAGGUUCACCAACGGGAACAAUUCCAACAGUUGGAUCAAGAUCUGCUGCAACGGGAACACCAACAGGAACUUCGGUCACUGGUGCACCAACUGGAGCAACUCCAGUCACACCAUCCCCAACUGCACAGGAAACUGUAGUCAGCACAGGGGAAGGUAGCCAGUCUGCAGAACCAUCAGUAGCACCAGUGACAACGGCACCUACGACUGCGGCACCAACCUCUACUCUCAGGAUGGUGCCAUUGACUAGUGCACCAACUGAAACAGAAACCACUGGCACCCCCACUGGAAUCACAGGAACCCCCACUACCGGCAGUGUAACUGGUUCACCCACUGGAACCUCUGCUACUGGCAACCCCUCUGGAACACCUGCUACAGGCAGCCCUACUGAUAGUAUGGCAUCAUUCACUGGUCGUCCCACUGGAACAACAACAACUCCACCCGUUGCGUCGCCUUCCAUGACAGGUUCUCCAACUGCAACUGAUGUCACCGGUGUACCCACUGAGAGUUCUGCAACUGGAAGCCCAUCAACGGGCAGCCCCACUUCCGGUUUUGGUACUGUCACUGGUUCUCCUACCAGUACUGCAAUCCCACCCCCUGGUUCGCCAUCACCAACAACAGGCGAAACAGGUUCACCAACGGGAACAAUUCCAACAGUUGGAUCAAGUGAGACUCCCACAGGAUGGCCCACUGACAGCCCAUCAGAUUCACCAACAGGAACCUCUGCAACAGGUCCCCCCACUGGAAGUAGCACCAUUGGUACUGUCACAGGCAGCCCCACAGGAACUUCCGUUACGGGUACUCCCACAGGAUCUGCUGCAACGGGAACACCAACUGGAACUUCGGUCACUGGUGCACCAACUGGAACUGUCACAGCUCCGCCUACUGGAUCUUCUGGAACUGGUCACCCCACUAGUUCAUUUGGCACUGAUACGGGCAGCCCCACUGCAGGUUCAGCCACUGGGACACCUACUGGAACCUCUGCAACAGGUUCCCCUACUGGAACUAGUACCCUUGGCACUGUUACAGGAAGCCCCACUGGAACUUCUGCUACUGGUGUUCCCACGGACUCUGCACAGGUUCCCCCACUGGAACUGUACCCUUGGCACUGUUACGGAGCCCCACUGGAACUUCUGCUACUGGUGUUCCCACUGGACUCUGCACAGGUUCCCCCACUGGAACUGGUACCCUUGGCACUGUUACUGGAAGCCCCACUGGAACUUCUGCUACUGGUGUUCCCACCGGAACUUCUGCGACAGGUUCCCCCACUGGAACUGUACCCUUGGCACUGUUACGGAAGCCCCACUGGAACUUCUGCUACUGGUGUUCCCACCGGAACUUCUGCAACAGGUUCCCCUACUGGAACUAGUACCCUUGGCACUGUUACUGGAAGCCCCACUGGAACUUCUGCUACUGGUGUUCCCACCGGAACUUCUGCAACAGGUUCCCCUACUGGAACUAGUACCCUUGGCACUGUUACUGGAGCCCCCUGGAACUUCUGCACAGGUUCCCCCACUGGAAGUAGCACCAUUGCCCCACUGGAACUUCUGCAACAGGCACGCCAACAGGAUCUGCUGCAACGGGAACACCAACUGGAAGUUCGGUCACUGGUGCACCCACUGGAACUGUCACAGGACCGCCCACUGGAACUUCUGCGACAGGUUCCCCCACUGGAACUAGUACUUUCGGCACUGCUACAGGCAGCCCCACCGGAACUUCUGUUACCAGCACUCCCACAGGCACGUCUGCAACAGGAACACCUACUGGACCUUCUUUGA